AUGGAACCUUCAGAAUUGGACGAAGGGAUGAAGGUGUUGGAUUCGUGUUUAACGAAUAUCAAUUGGCGCCUCAAACCUUCUUCCAAGCGUCGCUUACAAUUAGAUAUGCUUGCUCUGAUUACAAGAAUGCGACCGGUUGUGAUGGUAGAUUACGGUGGAAUCAUGCCUCAACUCCAACACCAUCUCUCUUCCCUCCUCCAACUAGCACAGAAGAAAUCCCUAAUUUUCGAGCAUAUACGAGUGAUGGUUAUACAAGACAUGAUAUACUUAAUACACCUAACCGAAGUAUCGCACUUUCUCAAUUCAACCUUCGACUCUCACCGACGGUUGUUCUUUGUCGACCUUGAAUCGGAAAACCCUAAGAUGAUAACGAAAAUUGAGGAAAGCCAAUUAGCAAUGCAGCUAGUAUCGAUUCAGAGGUUGUUUUUGACUAUAUUCUCUCCUGAGAGAACCAGCGACCCCUCACCUUCACAGGAGGUCAAAUGUACGGAUGAUGCCAACGCCACUUGUCAGAGUCAGAGCUUACCCUCUCAUUCUACUACUGACUGCAUUGAUCUCAGUAACUGCCUGGACAACACUGACGUCACUGUGCCAACCUUGAAUGGAUGGCUUCUAGGUUAUCCAGUGGUCUAUCUGUUUGGCAAGGAGCAUAUUGCAGAUGCCAUUUAUAAUCUUUCGACCAAGUAUCUUCAUAUUUUUCAAGUGUUUGUCUGCAGGAAUAGUACUCUCAAGAAAGGGACCCAAGCUGAAGAGCUAUUAAGUUUUUCAGUGCCUUAUGAUCUAAGCAUGAGAGGGAGUAAUGAACAAUGGGCAGAGGCUUUUCUGGCUCACUUGCAUGCAAAAUGGGAAAGAUGUGCAAGUGCUUGGAAGUCGUUAAAGAUUGAGGUUAGUGAAUGUCAUCCUCAAGCUAUCGUCUUAUAG